GUGGGAGGGGUCAUCUGUGAGGCGCAGUAUUUCCAGAGUGUGAUGCGCGUGGGCUUCCAGCUGCGGCAAGCCAUGGUGGCAGCAGUGUUCAGCAAGUCGCUGCGGUUGAGUCACAGUGGGAGGCAGGGCUUCAGCACGGGGCGCAUCACCAACAUGAUGACCAACGACGCCGAGUCGCUGCAGAUGGUGUGUCAGCAGCUGCACGGUCUCUGGUCCGCUCCUCUCCGCAUCCUCGUGUGUGUCUUCCUGCUCUACCAGCAGCUAGGGGUGGCAUCACUCCUCGGGCUGCUCAUGCUGCUCCUCAUGAUCCCCGCGCAGGCGGUGAUAGUGAAUAGGGUGCAGAAGCUGGUGAAGGCAUCACUGCAGCGCAGUGACAAGCGAGUGGCGCUCAUGAGCGAGGUGCUGGCAGCCAUGGACGUCGUCAAGUCGUACACUUGGGAGGAGAGCUUUCAGAGCAAGGUGGCGCGGGUCCGAUCGGACGAGAUGGGACAAAUCUCCAAGGCGCAAUACAUCAUGGCGAUCAACUUCCUGCUGAUGAGUGUGGUGCCAGUGCUGGUGACGGUGGUGUCGUUCGGCUGCUACUCGCUGUUAGGCCACCAGCUCACAGCCGCCAAGGCCUUCACCUCCAUCUCCCUCUUCGCUGUGCUGCGCUUCCCCCUCUACAUGUUCCCCAACCUCAUCACCCAGGUGGUGAACGUGAACGUGUCUCUCACGCGCCUGCAGGAGAUGCUACUGGCAGACGAAACAGACAUUGACGCCCCUGCGCCGCCCGUUGACCCUGCCAAGCCGGCUGUCGAGGUCUCCCAUGCCUCCUUCGCCUGGAGCGCUGCUCCCGCUGCUGCUCCCACUGCUGCUGCUAAUGGUGCUGCUUCUAACGGUGCUGCUGGGGGGGGCUCAGGAGCAGAAAAAGGAGGUGGAGGAGGGGGAGAAGGCAAGGAGAAGGGUGGAGUGGGAGGGGAGGGGAAGGAGAAGGACAUGGGGGGCACGCUAACAGAUGUGACUCUAUCGGUGGAGCCUGGGAAGCUGGUGGCUGUUGUGGGCGCCACAGGGCAAGGCAAGUCAUCGCUAGUCAGUGCGCUGCUGGGCGAGAUGCCCAUGGUGUCAGGGGACUCUCCUCCUAUCAUCAGAGGCCGCGUGGCCUAUGUCUCGCAGGUCUCCUGGAUCUUCAACGCCACAGUGCGCGAGAACAUUCUUUUCGGGCUGCCCUACGAGCGGCAGCGGUACGAGCGGGCAGUGAGAGUGAGCGCCCUGGAGAGAGACCUGGAGCUGCUGCCAGGGGGGGACCUCACGGAGAUAGGCGAGAGGGGAGUGAACGUGAGUGGCGGGCAGAAGCAGCGCAUCAGCAUCGCGAGAGCGGUCUAUUCUGACGCCGAUGUCUUCUUCUUCGAUGAUCCGCUCUCCGCCCUUGAUGCGCACGUCGCCAAGCAGGUGUACGACACGUGUGUGAGGACAGAGCUUGCCGGCCGCACGCGCAUCAUGGUCACAAACCAGCUGCACUUUUUGCCAGCCGUGGACUGGGUGGUGAUGGUGGAGGGGGGGCGCAUAGCAGAGCAGGGGCCGUAUGCGCAGCUCAAGGCGUCGGCACCCAAGUUCCAGAGGCUGCUGGAGAAGGCAGGCGCGCUGGAGGAGCACGGGGACGCGGAGGUGGGCGGGGAGGGAGGAGAAACAGCCGGGGACGCGGCGGGGAAUGGUGCGGGUGAGACGAGUGCCGAAGCGGCAGCGGCUGCUGCAACAGCCGGCAGCAGCAGUGGUGGUGGUGGCGGUGGCAGUGACUCUGCUGCAGCAGCGAAUGGCGAUUCUAGCAGCAGCAACCGGGCUGGGGAGAAGAGCGGAGCAGGAAAGGGGGAGAAAGGCGGAGCGGCAGGGGGAACGACGCUAGUCCAAACAGAGGAGAAGGCGCAGGGGGUGGUGAGCGCGGCGGUGGUGUGGCGGUAUGUGAGGGCCAUGGGGGGGACGGGCGUGCUGGCGGUGCUCAUCUCGCUCUACGUGCUCGUGGAGGCCGCCAGGGUGCUGGCCAGCGUGUGGAUCAGCGUGUGGACGGGGAGUGUUUCUCAGGAGGAGGGUGGUGGGCAUGGGUCGCUGUAUUUCGUGGCGGGGUAUUCGCUCAUCUCGCUGGGCCAAGUGCUGCUCACCUUCGCCAACCAAUACUUCCUCGUGUUCUCCUCUCAGCGAGCGGCUCGUCGUCUGCACGAUGCCAUGCUGGCGGCCAUUCUCCGCGCCCCCAUGUCCUUCUUUCACACAAACCCCGUGGGGCGUCUGAUCAACCGCUUCACCAAGGAUACAGCAGACAUCGAUAAAAACCUCGCGCAGUACACGUCGCUGUGCCUGGGCGGCAUCUUCCAGCUGCUCUCCACCUUCGCCCUCAUCGGCGUUCUCAACACCGUCGCCCUCUGGGCCAUCGUGCCGCUGCUGCUCCUCUUCUACAUCGUCUACCUUUAUUUUCAAAACACCGCCCGGGAGGUGAAGCGCUGGGACUCCGUCACGCGCUCUCCCGUCUACUCCCAGUUCGCGGAGGCACUGAAUGGGCUGGCGACCAUAAGGGCGUACAGGGCAGCGGCGCGCAUGGCGGGGAUGAACGGGCGGGCGGUGGACCGCAACACACGCUUCACACUCGUCAGCAUGAGCGCCAACCGCUGGCUCGCCAUCCGCCUUGAAUUCCUGGGCGGGCUCAUGAUCUUCGCCACGGCGGUGUUUGCAGUGAUGGACGUGCAGCGGGCGGGUGACCAGGCAGCACUGGCGCCGGUGAUGGGACUCAUUCUGUCGUACGCACUGCAAAUCACUGCCAUGAUGACCAUGGUUCUCAGACUGCUCUCCGUUGCUGAGAAUUCAUUCAACGCGGUGGAGCGAGUCGGCAGUUACGCCGACAUCCCCGCCGAGGCGCCGGCCAUCAUCCCGAGCCACCGCCCGCCGUCCGGGUGGCCGCAGCAGGGGGAGGUGUUAUUUGAGGACGUGGUGAUGCGGUACAGGCCGGACCUGCCGCCCGUGCUGAGAGGGCUCAGUGCCCUGGUGCAGGGAGGAGAGAAGGUUGGCGUGGUGGGGCGCACUGGCGCAGGCAAGUCAUCGCUGUUCAACUCACUCUUCCGAUUGGCCGAGAUUGAGAGCGGGCGCAUCUGCAUCGACGGUCAGGAUCUGAAGCUGUUUGGAGUGACGGACGUGCGCCGUGCGCUCAUGAUCAUCCCCCAGACGCCCGUGCUCUUCACUGGCACGCUGCGGCUCAACCUGGAUCCGUUCAGCGAGUGCAGCACGCUGCGGUUCAACCUGGACCCGUUCAGCGAGCGCAGUGACAGCGAGGUGUGGGAGGCGCUGGGGAGGGCGCACCUGAGGGAGGUGGUAUCUCGCAUGCCGCUGGGGCUGGACACGGAGGUGGCAGAGGGAGGGGAGAACUUCAGCGUGGGGCAGAGGCAGCUGAUCAGUCUUGCCCGGGCGCUGCUGAAGGAGUCGCGCAUUCUGGUGCUGGAUGAAGCGACGGCAGCCGUUGAUGUGGGCACGGAUGCGCUGAUCCAACGGACGGUGCGCGAGGAGUUCAAGGGGCGCACCAUGCUGACCAUCGCCCACAGGCUCGACACCAUCAUGGAUAGCGACCGCAUCCUGGUCAUGGAUGCUGGCAUGGCCCUGGACACGGGGCCGCAGACCGCCAAGUAUCUGCGCAGUGUGGCGCUGGGGGGGGUGGCGCUAGCAGACGAGCUUGCCGGCCGGGCGGCGGCACAGGAGAAGCAGAUGGCGCGCGAGGCGGCCAAGUGGCGGUGGGCCACUGCCGCCCAGUGGGCUCUCGCUCUCACACUCACGUCUUCCCAGAGGGACCUGCAGGUGGGUGCUCUAGAGGCAAUGUGCAACGACAGCGAGGGGGAGGAAGGAGAGAACGGCGCACUUGUGGCCGUCACACAGCCGCCAACCUUCCAGAGAGGUGUGCUAGAAGAGACAAGGGAUGCCAGCCAGGUGCUGCAGGCAGUGCUGUCGGGGCAGCGCAGCGAGGAGAUAUCGUCAGCGCUGACGAGGCGACAGCUGUCGGAAGACAAGUGGUGGACGGUUGUCAGCCGCGUGGUGCAGGGCCUGGCCCUCAUGGCGAGGCAGGUGCAGGCGAAGCUCGAGGCGGACGGCAGUCUGCGGGACUCCGCCACCUCAGCAGGGGCGGCGGCGGGCGGCAGGUGGGCGCAGCUAGCAGCAACGGGGGAGGAGAUGGCGGGCGGCAGAGUGGUGUGA